GAACACUUGUUUUCUCAUAAAAUAAUAGUUUGUCGUACAAUUGGCAGCAUCGUAGAUUCCGUGAAAGGCAAUAAAUGUAAUUAUUUAAAUUCACAGAGGCGCAGAUCAGAUUUCUAAAGGCCAAACUCCGUGUUAUGCAGGAGGAACUGGAUAAUGUUGUAUGUGAAUGCAAUAAAAAGGAGAAUGAAGUUCAGGAUUUAAAGUUCCAGGUAAAGAAUUUUGAAGAUGACUGUGUGAGACAACAGCGUAUGAUUAAUAUACAACAGUCUCAAAUAGAAAAAUAUAAAACUCUUUCAGAAGAAGCAAACAAAAAAUGUGAUGGAUUACAGCAACAAUUGUCUUCAGUAGAAAGGGAAUUAGAAAAUAAAAGAAGACUACAGAAGCAAGCUGCCACUAGUCAAAGUGCUACAGAAGUUCGAUUGAACAGAGCCCUCGAGGAAGCAGAAAAGUACAAGUUGGAGUUAAAUAAGUUAAAGCAGAAUAACAAGGAUAUAACAAAUGAAGAACAGAAAAAAAUUGAAGCUUUAAAAUCAGAAAACAAGAAACUAGAAAAACAAAAAGGAGAGUUGAUGAUAGGGUUCAAGAAACAAUUAAAAUUAAUUGAUGUUUUAAAAAGGCAGAAGAUGCACAUUGAAGCUGCCAAGAUGCUGUCUUUCACUGAAGAGGAAUUUAUGAAGGCAUUAGAAUGGGGAAAUUCAUAAACGAUCUACUAAAACUAGUCUCUUAGAAGAUAACUGGUAGUAUGUGAUGGCUUCUGUUUCAUUUAAUGUGAACAAAUUAUAAUGGCGUGAAUAGUUUUCACUCUUUAUAAGUAAUGACAGUAUUUAAUAAUUAAAACUAAUUUCUGAGAUUUCAUUAUUUGGAUUUGGGGCAAACAAAACUAAUUUAUAAUUACUUGAAAGACAAAGGAUUUUGUAAAAUAAAUCAACAAAAAUUUAAAUUUUUGAUUCUUUCUUAGAACCUACUAGCCCCCCCUUUUUUUUUUAACAUUUUCACAUCUUUCCUUUUAUAAAA